GAUGGCCGCGUUCAGUGAGGAGUUCACGUUGUGUGGGCUUCUCCCUGGGGCUGGUGGCGACCGCUUCUCUGGGCUGCAGGGUGUGGAGAACGGUGGAGAUCCUGACAGAGUGCUAGUUACUGACUCUGCCAGGGCUGUCACUGUAUAUAAGGUAUCGGAUCAAAAACCUUUAGGGAGUUGGACUGUGAAACAAGGUCAACAGAUCACCUGUCCUGCUGUGUUUAAUCAUGAAACUGGAGAGUAUAUUGUUGUUCAUGACCAAAAGGUUUUAAGAAUAUGGAAGGAUGACGAUGUAAACUUAGAGAAAGUGUUUAAAGCAACGCUGUCUGCAGAUGUGUGCCGUGUCCAUACACUCCCUGGUGCUGAACCACUGGUGGUGUUCAAAGGUGGUGCUGUACAAUUUUUGGACUCUCUGCUUGCUGACCCACAACAAGAAAUUAAAUCUGUUUUAACAGCUGGAGAGCAGAUUCUAUGUUCAAAGAUGUUUAUGGAAGCUGGUCGCUCUGUCUUAGUCUAUAUCACUCAGAAGAUACAGGAUUAUUUUGUGCAUAUUUGGAUAUUUAGCCCUAAUUUUCAUCGAACCUACAAACUCAAAGCAGCCACAGAAGAAUACAGUGCUUUAAGUUUUUCAUGUUCUCUGAAAAACCAAAUGCUCACUCUUCUUAUUUUAUACUCUAACAGCAGUGUGGGUCAUACAUCCGUGUCACUUAUUCAGCAUGAGGAGAUGGCAGAAAUUCCUUUACUUAUGUCUCCACUACUUCACCUACCAGAACCCACAGACUCCGGUGCUGUUGCCAUCCUUGAUGAUUCCCAUUUAGCUGUGCUGACAUCUGCUUCAAAACAAAAGGGUUGCCUCUCUAUAUGGAAUACAACGUUUCAGACCAUUCAAGUUACAAGAGAAUUUCCACAGAAAACCAGCACUCAGCUUUGGUGUUUUGAUGGUAAGCUGUAUUUGCAACAUGGAAAAGCCUUGGUUGUGGUACCAUACUCCUGCGAAACAUCAUGCUUGGCAUCAGCUCUUGGAAAACGUAGAAACAUUCAGACAUCAGCUUUAGAAAAUGUUUCAAUUGUGAAUUGGGAAUCCUAUAUAGCAAAUGAAUCACAGUCAAAACAAUUAAGCACCAAAAAAAAUUCUAGGCAGAAGAAAAGUAAAGAGGACUCAGGGGACAAUGCAGAGGUAACAUCACUUCUUGCAGAUAUUAAGAAUUCUCCCCAAGAUCAGAUCAAAUGGAUCCUGCGGAAGGGUUUAGUUGACGUUGGAUCUGCAGAUUUUCAGAUCACUGUUUGCAAAGUAGCAUUAGAACUUAUGAACCGAUGUAAAAGUGAUCCCCAGUUUUAUCCACAAAGUGCUCUGGUGCAACUCAUACAGACAAAUAAAUUGUCUUACAGUUUGUGUCCUGAUAUGGUUUUCAUUGCAUUGAAGAAUCAGGAUGUCUGCUUGUUACAGCUAUGCUUGCGGAGUUUCCCCGACGUUCCAGAGCCCAUUCUAUGCUCUUGUUUAAAGACCUUUCUAAGUGUCGCUGAAGAUAAACUGACAGAGGUAGAAAUAGAUGUGGAGUCAGCUGUAUAUUAUAUUGAUACCAUCAAGUCUACUAAUGAAUUAGAGGCUCCUGAAGAGACUGCUCUGGUCCAGAAUGGGUUUAGUCCGGCUGUUCUGGAGGAGGACAGUUGUGAUGUUCAGAUAGUUGAGAAAACACCUGAAAAGGCUCUGCUGCCAAUUCCUCCAGUCACUGUGAAAAGAGCUGCACUUCUAAAUUCAGUUCUCACCUCGGCGUACAGUGAGACCUUCCUUCUGCCUCAUCUGAAAGAUCUGUCUGCUGAGCAAGUGAUUUUACUCCUUCGGUAUUUGCACUGCUUGUAUGUGAAGUGCAAUGAAAAUCUUACGGUUGACCUUCCAGGCAAGGAUGCGCCCUCUGUUACCCAGAUCAUGGACUGGAUGAGCUUGCUGUUGGAUGCACAUUUUACAGUUGUGGUGAUGCUGCCUGAAGCUAAAAAGUUGCUGCGUAGUCUUCAGAAGUUUGUGAGAAGUCAGGUGAAGUUUUAUUCAGAGCUGAACAAUAUUGAAGGAAGUUUAACUGAGCUGCAGAAAUUAAACAAUAAACAAGACCGUGGACAAUAUUCCAUAGAAGUUCUGGAACUGUUUUAGCAAACUGGACUUAUUUUUUUUUAUUUUAAUAAGACCUAAAUGGAUUUUUACAACUGGCUACUUUUGAUGCAGGAAGAGAACCAACAAAUUCAUCUUUUUCUGCCAUAUCAGCAACUCUCAAACAGUUUGACAUUUACAACUUUGGCUCUAAAGUGUUAAACUGUUAAUCUGUAUUGGUAAAAUAUCUGUUUAAAACUGAUUUUGUAACUUCUCUUUUGUGUUACUUAUUCCCUGUCACACAAUAUAACCUUGUAUAUAUUUUGUAUAUGUACGACAAGUUGUCUCUGUGCCUCGGGAAAUAAAAUUACCCUAAUUUAGUAGUGAAGUUUUGAACAGAGCUCGUAUUUUGCUCCAUAGUGACAGGGGACUGAACUGUUUGAAUUAGUUUCAUUGUGAUACUUCUGGGUUCAAUAAGACAUAAAUAUUAAAAUUAAACUCUCAUGGUUCACAAAGCGUGUGAUUUUAGCAAACUUUUCAAUUCACUUCUGCUUUCAAACUUCCUUUGUUCCUUUAGUAUCCUUUGUUGAAUAGCAUAUCUAGGUAUGCUCAAGAGCAGCAAUGCACUAGUGGGAGCUUAGCUGCUGUUUGGUUGCUACACACACACACACAUUAGCUCAGCAGAUGUACUUCGCUAGAUCUCUGUAGUGCACGUCUGCUUGGAGUUAAAGGAUUACUUUCUGUUAUAAUUUUUAAGCUAAACAACUAACAUAUUAAAGAUAAUAAACAUUAAUUAAAACCUACUGACCUAUAUUUUCUCCAAAACGAAGUUUCAUAACGUUCUAAAAGUUAUAUCUUUUAUUCGCCGAUGAUGUAACGUUAUCGUGCCCACUAUUUUCAGCACUGCGUGUUCAAAAUACUUAAACCAAUAACUUUGUGUUUAAAGCGCCAUUUUGAAACCUAGGUAUUGUAAACGGAUUGGUACAGAGCAAAGGAUACCCACGGAGUGGGUUUGGAAAACAAUUAAAUUUGCAGACAAGAUUUCUGAUAUACGGUAGAGAUAUGUUAAUGAAAUGCUAUUGAUAAAAAGCGUAUUUGGGAUAGUUAGUAACAGGCAAAGAAAAUAUUUACUUACAGUGGCCCUUUAAAGUGAAGGUAAACUUUGGUGAAUGAGAGCCCGUUUUUUAAAAAUACUAUUAAAAACAGGGGCACUUUCAUUCAUCAAUGUUUACAAAUCAGCCGUUUUGAAUAAAAACUUACCUUUUUUUCUUUUCACAGCUACAGCAGUUUACCCCUUCUGGAAAUCCUCUCUUUACACGUCAGCAAUGACUAAUCCUGCUUCCUCCAAUCACAGCUUUCCCCCCAUGGUGGUUAUUGCCUGGGGCCAUGCUGUGAUUGGAGGAAGCCGGAUCAUUGCUGAGGUGUGAAGAGAGGAUUUCCAGGAGGGGUAAACUCCUCUGUCUGUGAAAAGAAAAAAAGGUAAUCAAAACGGCUGCUUUGUAAACUUUGAUGAAUGAAAGUGCCCCUGUUUUUAAUAGUAUUUUUAAAAAAAAACGGGCUUUCAUUCACCAAAGUUUACCUUCACUUUAACUUUUUUGUUAAAGGGACAUGAAACCCAAAAUUUUGUUUUCAUAAUUCAUAUAAAACAUGCAAUUUUAAACAACUUUCUAAUUGAAUUAUUUUAUCUAAUUUGUUUAGUUUUCUUGGUAUCCUUUGUUGAAAAGGAUACCUAGGUAGGGUCCAGAGCAGAUGAUUGGAGGCUGCAUAUAUAUACCUCCAUGUUACUGGCUCAUCUGGUGUUCGUCUAGCUCCCAGUAGUGCAUUGCUGCUUUUUCUUCAAAGGAUACCAAGAGAAUGAAGCAAUUAGAUAAUAGAAGCAAAUUGGAAAAAUGUUUAAAAUUCUCCAUCUGAAUCAUGAGAGAAAAAUUUAAGGUUUCAUGUCAAUUUAAGGAGAAUGACACAUACAUGUAAUCUCACAAUAAUAAAAUGCUCUAACACAGAGCAUUUUCUUUUUGCACUUUAUGUUCCUUGAAUAAAUAACUAAAAAAGUAAA